AGUUAUGGUGGACGCGGCCGCUUCGGCAGCGCCCGUCGCGGAGGCCGCCAUGGACUUCUCCGCGCGCGCACAAAUGUUUGAAGCCUACAUACAGAACUACAGCGGCGAUGAUCCACUGCAUCCUUGGUAUAGGUACUUUCAGGGGGUAGAAGAGAUGCCAGAAGCAGAGGAAAGACAAAACUAUCUACUGCAUUUGCUAGAGCGGCUUGUGAAAACAUUUAUAAAUGACAAGAGGUAUCAGCACGACACGCGAUUCAUCAGCUGCUGUGUGAAAUUUGCCACUUUCAUUGAUAAUCCGAGUCAGUUUUUUGACUAUUUGUACAGCGAAGGAAUUGGUAACAAGUCGUCCAUUUUGUAUGUUGCUUGGGCUCAGCAACUCGGCAUACAAGGAAACGUGUCUCAUGCCAGCGCUGUUAUUCAGAAAGGCAUUCAGAAUGGAGCACAGCCUGUUGAAAAUCUACACCAGCAAAACCGGUUGUUGCAGAGUUGUUUGCCCCAGAAUCAAAUUUCAAAUCAAGUUGGUGUCUUGCAGCCGCUUAAUACCCAGCUUUCCAAUCAAAUGGCUUCCAAAGAUGACCCGGCCUGCGUUUUUCCAAAUCAGAAGCUAAUCAGUUCUGAGACACAGCCCAUUGCUUGUAUGGGACAAGAAAAUACGAAACAGCCUAUAUAUGUAACUACAAUUUCCAAAUCGGAAGUCUUACCGACGCCUCCAACCGAUGCUGUUCUUGAGCAGAAGGCUAUGUAUGCGAAGAGCCUUCUUUAUUGCGAAGGCUCUGAACUCUCCUUUGAAGAAGUAAGAGCAAAAGCAUACCUGAAAAAGGCUGAACGUCUGAAAAGACACAAGGAAUGGGAAAAUGAAGACAAAGAGUUCAUGAAACAGAAAGAAAAUGACCUCCUUGAACUCCAAGAGCUACAGCAGAAGUUGGAUCAGCUCUCCCAGACAUCAUCUUCAUCCCAUAAAGGGACGUCUACACACCAGUCCCUUUUAAGCACCACACUGGGUGGUCCUUGUGAACAAAUCAGCGUAGCUCAGCGUUGGCCAGGAUGCACAGCGCCUCCCCAGGCUGAAUAUCUACAAAACUCUUUGAAUUUGGGGACCGAACAUCAGAGUUCAGCUGGAGGUGCUUCUUUUGUGCAGCCAGUUGGAAAUCGGCAUCAGCAUCCAGGUUUUGGUGAGGUUUCGGUGGGCGGUGCUACAGUUCCACAACCAAAUGAAAGUCUCCGGCAACAAUCAAUAUUGGUUUCUACUAUGGCUAUGUUAACUGAAACGGCUGCAUCCAGAUCUAAAUUGGAACUUGAAGAAUGUGAAAAGAGCCUGCAUAGACUUCAGGUCAGCUGUGAGGAUUCUGUUCAGCCGCCACAGAAACGCGCUACCAUUUCCCACAGUUUUCAUGGAGAGCAGCACUUGGAUAUGUCUCAUCAUAACCUGCAGUGUUCCACAGAAAUGAGAGAUGCAUCGGGUGGUAGAAAUGCCUCUGUUUCCUUUGAUAAUCGCCAGGCUACGCCAAACACGUCAGGCGUGGUGCUAGCAACUCCAUCCAAAGUCCAGCCAUCUCCCACUGUUCACACAAAAGAGGCCUUGGGUUUCAUUAUGGAUGUAUUCCAAGCACCUUCCUCAAAAGAUACUACUAUGCUUUCAGUGGAAGAAGAAGAUGAUGCGUUUGAGGUCUCCUGUAGAAAUAAAGGAGCAUAUGAGCCUUUCACCAUUAAGGCUGCUGCUGCUGCGCAACCUGCUUUUGCCAUCUUUGAAGACGAGAAUGCAGCGGUCCCCCAGCCACGGCCAAAGUCAACAGAAGUUAGAGUCUUUGGCGAACGUUCCACAGUCGACUGUGCCGCCAAACCAGCAGAGGAAAGCCAGCCUCCCGAGGGCCUGACGGACGACUGCACAGUGUGGGUGCAAAAUUGCAACAAAACCCUGGCUUCUAGUCCGAAUGACACAGGAGAUUUUGCUCAUGCUGCUCGCCUCGCCUCUACGCCGUUCAGCGCCAUUCCGGCGCAUGCCAGCCAAGCAGCAAAAGUCAUUGAGAACCCUUGGGAUGUCACCUUGAUCCGGCAGCUUCUGUCCAGGCUGCCUAAACCGAUCAGUGCCUACUUCAACACUUUUGAAUGGGGAUCGAAUCUUCCAGUUCUCAGACCGAAGACUGAGCUCAAAUUGGAAUCCACCUCCUUCCAUGUUGACUGCUUGCUUGGAGAAGGAGCUUUCGCACAUGUCUAUCAAGCAUCCGUCCUGGAUAUGGACAACGCAAAAAAUAAUCGUAAAGUAAUACUGAAGGCACAGAAGCCCGCCAGCCCCUGGGAGUUCUACAUUGCAGCUCAGCUGACGGAAAGGCUCAAGCCAAGCAUGCGCCAUCUUUUCAUCCAUUUCUAUUCUGCUCACUUCUUCCGCAAUGGAAGUAUUUUAGUCGGGGAGCUCUACAGCUAUGGAACUCUGCUGAAUACCAUAAACAUAUACAAAAAGUUGACGGAGAAGGUGUUGCCCCAAGCGCUCGUCAUCUACUUCACCGUAAAAAUUCUGCACAUGGUCGAAGAGCUUCACAAGUGUGGCAUAAUUCAUGGCGACAUUAAACCUGACAACUUUAUUUUUGGUGAAAGGUUUUUGGACAACGACACGUGCGACGUAGACAGCAUGUCUCAUGGCUUGACAAUCAUUGAUUUUGGCCAAAGCAUAGACAUGAGCCUGUUUCCUGAAGGAACUGUAUUCACAGGAAAGUGUGAGACAUCUGGAUUUCAGUGUAUUGAAAUGAUGACGCACAAGCCAUGGAAUUACCAGACAGAUUAUUUUGGCAUAGCUGCAACGGUGUACUGUAUGCUGUUUGGCACAUACAUGAAAGUGAAAAAUGACAAAGGGAUCUGGAAACCUGACAGCAUCUUCAGGAGGAUCCCUAAUGCCGACGUUUGGACUGACUUCUUUGUCACCUUGCUGAAUAUUCAAAACUGUAGCCAGCUGCCCUCUUUGGGAACCUUGCGGGCAAGACUGAGAGAAGUAUUCCUGACAACUUACUCCAGUAAAAUAACAGCUCUUCGUAAUAGGCUGGCAGUGUUGCUCGUGGAAAACAAACGUUCACGAAAGUAGAU